AUGAAAGAUUCUCUUGAAAAUGAAUAUAUUGAUUAUGAUAGUUUAGUUGAUAUGAGGUGCACUUAUGAAGUAGUUUUUAGCCAACUAAAGGCUAAUAAUGAGAAAGGUGAUGAAGUUAUCAAUGCAAUGGAUGCUAUUAUUCAAGGUACUGAUGAAAAAAGUCAAUCUAAAAAUGUGCAUAAUCCUAAACCUGAAUUCAUUGAAGGAAAUGCAAGUGAUGUUCUCUCAAAGAUUGUGAAGCUGAAUCUAGAAAGUUUUGUGGACCUACUUGAGGCAUGA